CGCGGCUGGGGUGCGCCGGGAAGGGAGCUGGAUGUUUUAGCCUCGGGGCGCACGCUGCGGGCCCUUUGUGUUCCGGACGCUAAACACCGAGAGCACCCCGUCUCCGGGGCCUCCGGAGAACGCUGUCCCAUGAACGUGCGGGGAGCGGCCCCCGGCGUCCCCGUGUCCGCGCGUCCCCGGGCAAUUCCCGACUUCCCAACGGCUUCCCGCUGGCAGCCCCGAAGCCGCACCAUGUUCCGCCUCUGGUUGCUGCUGGCCGGGCUCUGCGGCCUCCUGUCGUCAAGACCCGGUUUUCAAAAUUCACUUCUACAGAUCGUAAUUCCAGAGAAAAUCCAAACAAAUACAAAUGACAGUUCAGAAAUAGAAUAUGAACAAAUAUCCUAUAUUAUUCCAAUAGAUGAGAAACUGUACACUGUGCACCUUAAACAAAGAUAUUUUUUAGCAGAUAAUUUUAUGAUCUAUUUGUACAAUCAAGGAUCCAUGAAUACUUAUUCUUCAGAUAUUCAGACUCAAUGCUACUAUCAAGGAAAUAUUGAAGGAUAUCCAGAUUCCAUGGUCACACUCAGCACGUGCUCUGGACUAAGAGGAAUACUGCAAUUUGAAAAUGUUUCUUAUGGAAUUGAGCCUCUGGAAUCUGCAGUUGAAUUUCAGCAUGUUCUUUACAAAUUAAAGAAUGAAGACAAUGAUAUUGCAAUUUUUAUUGACAGAAGCCUGAAAGAACAACCAAUGGAUGACAACAUUUUUAUAAGUGAAAAAUCAGAACCAGCUGUUCCAGAUUUAUUUCCUCUUUAUCUAGAAAUGCAUAUUGUGGUGGACAAAACUUUGUAUGAUUACUGGGGCUCUGAUAGCAUGAUAGUAACAAAUAAAGUCAUCGAAAUUGUUGGCCUUGCAAAUUCAAUGUUCACCCAAUUUAAAGUUACUAUUGUGCUGUCAUCAUUGGAGUUAUGGUCAGAUGAAAGUAAGAUUUCUACAGUUGGUGAGGCAGAUGAAUUAUUGCAAAAAUUUUUAGAAUGGAAACAAUCUUAUCUUAACCUAAGGCCUCAUGAUAUUGCAUAUCUACUAAUUUAUAUGGAUUAUCCUCGUUAUUUGGGAGCAGUGUUUCCUGGAACAAUGUGUAUUACUCGUUAUUCUGCAGGAGUUGCAUUGUACCCCAAGAAGAUAACUCUGGAGGCAUUUGCAGUUAUUGUCACCCAGAUGCUGGCACUCAGUCUGGGAAUAUCAUAUGAUGACCCAAAGAAAUGUCAAUGUUCAGAAUCCACCUGUAUAAUGAAUCCAGAAGUUGUGCAAUCCAAUGGUGUGAAGACUUUUAGCAGUUGCAGUUUGAGGAGCUUUCAAAAUUUCAUUUCAAAUGUGGGUGUCAAAUGUCUUCAGAAUAAGCCACAAAUGCAAAAAAAAUCUCCGAAACCAGUCUGUGGCAAUGGCAGAUUGGAGGGAAACGAAAUCUGUGAUUGUGGUACUGAGGCUCAAUGUGGACCUGCAAGCUGUUGUGAUUUUCGAACUUGUGUACUGAAAGACGGAGCAAAAUGUUAUAAAGGACUGUGCUGCAAAGACUGUCAAAUUUUACAAUCAGGCGUUGAAUGUAGGCCGAAAGCACAUCCUGAAUGUGACAUCGCUGAAUAUUGUAAUGGAAGCUCACCAGAAUGUGGUCCUGACAUAACUUUAAUCAAUGGACUUUCAUGCAAAAAUAAUAAGUUUAUUUGUUAUGACGGAGACUGCCAUGAUCUCGAUGCACGUUGUGAGAGUGUAUUUGGAAAAGGUUCAAGAAAUGCUCCAUUUGCCUGCUAUGAAGAAAUACAAUCUCAAUCAGACAGAUUUGGGAACUGUGGUAGGGAUAGAAAUAACAAAUAUGUGUUCUGUGGAUGGAGGAAUCUUAUAUGUGGAAGAUUAGUUUGUACCUACCCUACUCGAAAGCCUUUCCAUCAAGAAAAUGGUGAUGUGAUUUAUGCUUUCGUACGAGAUUCUGUAUGCAUAACUGUAGACUACAAAUUGCCUCGAACAGUUCCAGAUCCACUGGCUGUCAAAAAUGGCUCUCAGUGUGAUAUUGGGAGGGUUUGUGUAAAUCGUGAAUGUGUAGAAUCAAGGAUAAUUAAGGCUUCAGCACAUGUUUGUUCACAACAGUGUUCUGGACAUGGAGUGUGUGAUUCCAGAAACAAGUGCCAUUGUUCGCCAGGCUAUAAGCCUCCAAACUGCCAAAUACGUUCCAAAGGAUUUUCCAUAUUUCCUGAGGAAGAUAUGGGUUCAAUCAUGGAAAGAGCAUCUGGGAAGACUGAAAACACCUGGCUUCUAGAUCUAAAUCGGAAGGUAGCACACAGACAUAUGCCAGCCAAUCCACCUCAGAAGGCAGCACUCAGACAUAUGCCAGCCAAACCAGAUCAGAAAGCAGCAGUCAAGCUGAUACUAGCAAGUCCAAAUCAGAAGAUAGUGCUGAAGCAUAUACUAGCAGAUCCAAAUCACAGGAAAGUACCCAAACACAAAGCAGUAGUAACUAGUGAUUCCCUCAGAAGGCAACGGAUAACAUCGAGAGUCUCGCUAAGAAAUGAAAAUUCUGUCUUUCCUUCCGUGGUCACAGCUGAAAGAAACAAUAAAUUGAGUGUGGAUCAAUUUGCAUGCCAGCGUGUUCAUUUUUUUUCUUCUCUUUCCUUUACCCCCGGGGACUGCAGUUUUGCAGCUGCAGGGCCCUUAAUUGAAAACAAUCUUCCAAACUCAUCUCAGCUGUCCCCAUUCCCAUCUGACUCCGCAUGAGCUCUUCUCAUUGUCUUCUCUACAGCUCUUCCAUGACUCCUGCCCCUGUGUCCCCUGCCCCAUGCCACCCCCUCUGGUGUACUGCCUGGGGCCCCAGAUACAUCACCUACUCAAUCUUACCCAUGACAGGAUCUGGGCAGUGUACUGUGUUCCUCCUUCUGGCCCUUCUCAUGGGAUUUGGCUGGCUGCACAGAGGUCCAAUAUAUCCAGAUAUUUGCCCUCCUUAUACUCCCCAUGACCCCAGCCUGGGUUUCUGAGGGAGGACAGUUUGUUUCAGGGGUUGUAACUUCCCAUCCAGGCCUUUCCUUCUACCCCCCACCUUUCUCUUGUCCCUUGGCCAAGUGACCCACAGGGUCAAGCCCAGAAGACAGAGAGGCAGCUUCUGAAGGACCCUUAGGCAUGGGUCUUAAAGGCAAAUAUUAAACCCUUAUUAGAGUUUGGUAUGAGGCUUGAUAAAAUGAAUUAGAGAAAGGUUCUCUCAUUUUCCAUUUUCUGAAAUAAUCUGAAAAACUUGUUUAGAUUUUCAGUUAAAUGUUUGUCAAAAUUCACCAGUGAAGUUCUCUGGGACUGGAGUUUUUUUUUUUUUUUUGGGCGGGGGGAUGAUUUUAAAUUACAGAUUCAAUUUAUUAAAUAGAGAACUAUUCAAAUUUUCCAUUUAUUCUUGUGAUAGGUUUUUUCAGGCACUGUAUUUUUAAAAAAAGUUUAUCCAUUUUAUUUAAUGAUUAGACUUGUGGCCUAAUGUUGUUCAUAAUAUUCUUUUUUAUGUCUAUAGGAUCUAUAGUUAUGUCCCCUCUUUCAUUCCUUGUAAUAGUAAGGUUUUUUUUUCCUCUCAUCAGUCUUGUGAAGAGUUUAUCUAGUUAAUUAAUUUAAGAAUCUCUCCAGAACCGCUCUUGACUUUGUUAUUUUUCUCUAUUACAUCUCUGUUUUCUACUUCAUUGAUUACAGAUUUUAUUAAUUUGCUUUUCUUCUACCUUCUUCAGGUGAAAGUUUAGAUCAAUGAUUUUAAAUCUUCUUUUCUAAUGCAUUUAAAGGUAUAAGUUUGUCCUAUGUACAUUUUUAGCUCCAUUCCACAUAUUUUAUGUUGUGUCCUCAUUAUAGUUCAGGUCAAAAUAUUUUCAAAUUUUUAUUUCGAUUUCUUUUUUGAGUUAUAGGUUAUGUAGAAGCCUGUUUAAAUCCAAACAUUGGUAUUUUUUUUAGCUCACCUUUUCUUUAUUGUUUUCUCAAUGGUGACCAGAGAAUAUAUUUAAUCUCAAUUUUUUAAAAUUAUUUUCUUGAGUUGGUUUAGCCUAUGAUAUAUUUUGUUGCAUGUUCUGUGUGUACUAAAUAAGUACAUGUGUAUUUUGCAGUUGCUGAGUAUAUAAAUGUUAAUUAAGUCAUUUGUUGACAGUGUUCUUGAAAUCUUGUUUUUUCCUCUUGUUCUAUCAAUUCUUGAGAGAGAUGUGUUGAAAGUGCCAACUAUUGUUUUUUAUUAUUGUUGUUAUGUAACUUGUUUUACACACGUUAAUUGUAUUUCAUGUAUUUUGGAGUUACAUUUUAGUGCAUGCAUCUUUAGGACUAUUAUGUUUUCCUAAUGAAUUGGCUGUUUAUCAUUAUGCAAUUCUCGUUGUUGUCUCUAGUAAUACUCUUAAUUUUGAAUUCUGAUUUUGUGAUAGUAGUAUUGCCGUGCAGCUUUUUUUUUAUUGGCAGCUUUUUAAAGUUAGUCUUUGCACGGGGUAUCUUUUUCAUUCUUUUACUUCCAUUGCAUAUUUUCUUAUAUUUAAGGUGUAUCUGAUGUACAGAGUAUGCAGUUGGUUCUUGUAUUUUUUAAAAAAUCCAGCCUGACAAUGUUUUUAAAUUGGAGUGCUUAAAAGCAUUCAUAUCUGUUUAUUUUUGUUUUUAAUUGACACAUAAUAAUUGUACAUAUUUAUGGCAUAAGUGUGAUGUUUCAAUACAUAUGGACAUUUCAUAAAAAAUAAAAUGAGUGUAUUUAGC